GCAAGCCCUGGAGAUAUAUAAAAGAGGAGAACUGCUCCAGCCAGGACGUUAAAUUUUCUGGAAAAUGUCACUCAGGUUAUUACCGGGUCUCUUCGCCCGUUUCCUGCCUCUCGUUUUUCUCAUCUCUUGUUGAAUCUCUCCACUUCCCAGCAACUGCUGAACAAGCAGCCAUCAUGUCCUGGCCGUUAUCUCCCUCGACAUCAACGUCUUCUCCCCUGGCUUCUCUGCCAUCAUCUCCUUCUUCCCGUAUAUUUCACAUAUACAAUUCAUUCCCGGUGCAUUACAAGAUAUCGGACCCGCAGAAACGGCCUCUAUACCACGUCGACAACUCGUACUUCACUCCAGGAACUCCUGACCUAAGCCUCUACCGGGGUGAGGAUAAAAAGGGACACUUGGCUGCCGUUUGCAAAUUUGUCUUAUUCUCAACGUGCUCGAAGAUUGGAUUGAUGCCUAAACCGCAAAAGAGCUAUUACGACCGUUUUAGCAACGAUGUAUUCGAGAUCGGCCAUGUCAGCACAAGUGCCGAAGAUAUGACAUGGGAAGAUCUGACGCGGGAAAGUCGUGACCAUUCAACGUAUAGGUUUGAGAUGGAGCUUCUAGUGCAAAGCAUGAGGCGGGGGCCGGAGCUUGGACGUCGUGCCUUUGUCUGGAAGAGGACUCAUUCGAUGGGAGUGGAAUCAUCGAAACCUUCCAAGCUAAGUGCGUGCAAUUAUAAGCUUGUUGACGAGGAGACUGGGAAAAUCAUGGCUGUUAUUGCCAAUAACGGACUGAAAAGCAUGAAUAAGAAGGGAAAGAUUGAGUUGUUUGACACAGCAGAGUAUGCUUUUGCAGGGGAGCAGCUGGAUAUCAUGAUCUUGAUGACCGGGAUCGCCCUUUUAGAAAAGGAGAGGAGACGAAGAGCACAGCGCAGGUAUGAUUAUUACUGAGCUGAUAACUAGUUAGCCUGGCUGGCUGGC